AUGAGGGCUUUGUCUACUGUUUUUGCACCAGUGGUUAUUGAACAAAUUGUCUCAAUUCCACUGCCACUGUUUCCUGUUGAUGAUAAUGUUUUUUGGCCAGGUUCUAAAGAUGGUUACUACUCAGCAAAAUCUGGUUAUGUUUUCGUUAGAGACCAUGAGUCUAGGCGUGCCGCCUCCUCUUCAACAUCUCAUGUGGUUCCUUUUGAGUUCUGGCAACGUUUGUGGAAGAUUGAGGCUCAACCUCGCGUCAAGGAGCUUUUCUGGCGUCUGUGCAGAGGUGUUGUCCCUGUGAGAUCCAAGUUGAGUUCGCGUGGCAUGGAGAUUGAUGCUUGCUGCCCCUUCUGCAACACGGAGCCAGAAACGUUGUUUCAUGCGUUUUUUGGUUGCUGUCAUGUUGCUCCUUACUGGUUUGCGUCGAGCUUGAGUUUCAGAAUGGAUGCUUUGUUACCUCAGCAGCCUUUGGAGUUCAUACAUGUUGCUCACCAGGUUUUCGAGGAGGUUGAUGAUGAGGCACUACGUGUUCUCUUUGCUGGUUGUGCUGCACUUUGGGAGCGAAGAAACAAAUUUGUUUUCCAGGGAGAGCUUUUGGACAUAGCUUGGCUACUUCACCCUUGCUGGAAACUGCUCGAAACAGAUGUUGUUAAACCGAGGAGAGCAGCAACAGGGACGCUACAGGGUGAUAGCCGCUAA